AAUAGCACGUCUGCGCAGACAUUAUACUACUGCUACAAUAAGCGUUGCUGGUUUUGAUGUUUAUGUUAAAUAUACAUUUGUUUUAGUUAUAUAAAAAUAAACGUAAGUGUGCUGUUGCUCUCUGUUGUAAGACUGUCACGACCAGAAGGAAGUGUAUAUCGACACCAAAUCAUGCGAAAGCCUUUAACCCACUUAUAUUAAAAGAAAUGCUGGCUAAUAAAGUGGGCAAACAGCUGGGUCACCCCACGUAUUCUUUAACUGGAUGGUUGGUGACCAAGUUCUUUAAAUGGAACAAUCGGAUUUUGGAGGAGAAUGCUGUGAAACUGUGCAACAUACAACCCAACGACACGGUGCUGGAGCUCGGUCACGGGCCAGGCUUCGGUCUGCAGGCGGCGGCGCAGCUCCUCACGGCUCCGGAGGGGAAACUGCUUGGUGUGGAUUACUCUCAAUACAUGCAUGAGAUGGCCAGUCAGCGCAUGAAGGAGCAGAUUUCCAGAGGAAAGGCUGUGCUGUAUUGCAGUGAUUUGGUGGCCAUGUCGAUCGAGGAAAACACGGUUGACAAGGUGUUUCACUGCAACUGUUAUUACUUCUGGCCGGAUCUAAAAGCAGGAGCGGGAGCGAUUCACAGAGUGAUGAAACCAGGUGGAACUAUGGUCACAGCUCUCAGGCUUGGUAGUGUUAAGAAAGUAGCCUCGAAGAACAUGUUUAGCGGGGAGAGCUGGCAUCCUGAGGUAUACAUGGAAGCACUGCAGUCCUCCGGAUUCACAGAUGUCCGAAUGGAGAAUAAAAGAGAGAAACUCAUAACAUUUCAAGCUAUUUUUGCCACUGCUGUGAAAUGAAUUCCUGUGUGAAAUAUAUGGCCUUUCUCACUUUUAAGAUUGAAUCUGAACUACAUAAAUCAAACAAGAGUAAAUAUUGCCAAUUACAUUAUAUAUUGUAUCUACAGUAUAUGAGAUGCCAACACUUCUGAAACAAUAAAAAAAAUUACUUGCAAAACUAUUGUUUUGACCAACAUAAAGUAUUAUGGAAAAUUUAAAC